AUGGCAUCUCCUUCAACGCGCCGUCUGUUAAAAGAGAGCAGUGAUCUCCACAAAAAUCCCAGCCCUUACUUCACUGCAGCACCAAUAAGUGACUCGAAUCUCCAUGACUGGCACUUCACCCUAGCAGGGCCACCUUCCUCCCCUUACUCCCAAGGCCUGUAUCAUGGCCGCAUAACCUUCCCAGCAACAUACCCCCUCCGCCCGCCGUCAUUCCGCUUCCUGACGCCCUCGGGCCGCUUCGAAGUCAACCGCGAGAUCUGCCUCAGUAUCUCAGGCCAUCACGAAGAAACAUGGCAGCCAGCCUGGGGGGUGCGCACAGCGCUACUGGCCAUCCGAUCAGAGAUCUUCGGGUCCGAAAGCAAAGGACAGGUCGGUGGGAUGGAGGGCAGCGAAGACGUCCGUAGGGAGCACGCGAGACUUUCGCUCGAUUGGACCUGUCGCGAGUGCGGGGUCAGCAAUCAAGAGGGAAUGAAAGAGGUUUGGGAUUCUUGUCGGAUUCGUGGGAUCGAAAUCGACGUUGAGAUGGCUGGAGGUGCUCAUGCUUCUCAGGUUGAGACUGGGACACAAGCUUCACCUCUGGCUCAGAACCAAGAUCAGCAAUCAUCUGCUCCGGAAGAUGGAUCCCCAGCGGAAGCACUGAAGGAUUCUACAAACCACGGACACGAGACAAAUGUUGCUUCUGCGCAAGUUUCAUCUUCAUCUUCGGCUUCGGCUUCAGGUCCGGCCCCGCCUGCUGCGCCUGUAGUUGCGCCUCAGACGAGGCAAACGCAGCUGUUGGAUGUUGCUCCUACUCAGACAAUGCCUCACCGUCCAACCUUUACCAACUCUGCCGAAUCUUCAUCUGGUAGCGUCUGGCUGGACCGAGCUAUCAUUGGUGUUGCCCUGACUCUUAUUCUACUUGUAUUGCGACGGGUGUCUAACGUCGACGACCUAUGA